AUGACCCCGUCCCAUUCUCCCGCUUUCCAUCACCCCGCCCCAUUCUCCCGCUUCCCAUCACCCCGGCCCAUUCUCCCGCUUUCCAACACCCCGCCCCAUUCUCCCGCUUUCCAUCACCCCGCCCCAUUCUCCCUUCUUCCAUCACCCCGCCUCAUUCUCCCGCUUUCCAUCACCCCGCCCCAUUCUCCCGCUUUCCAUCACCCCGCCGCAUUCUCCCGCUUUCCAUCACCCAGCCACAUUCUCCCACUUUCCAUCAGCCCGCCCCAUUCUCCCUCCUUCCAUCGCCCUGCCCCAUUCUCCCUCCUUCCAUCAUCCCGCCCCAUUCUCCCUCCUUCCAUCACCUCGCCCCAUUUUCCCGCUUUCUAUCAGCCCGCCCCAUUCCACCGCUUUCCAUCACCCCGCCCCAUUCUCCCGCUUUCCAUCACCCCGCCCCAUUCUCCCGCUUUCCAUCACCCCACCCCAUUCUCCCGCUUUCCAUCACCCCACCCCAUAUUCCCGCUUUCCAUCACCCCGCCCCAUUCUCCAGCUUUCCAUCAGCCGCCCCAUUCUCCCGCUUUCCAUCACCCCGCCUCAUUCUCCCGAUUCCCAUCAACCCGCCCCAUUCUCCCGCUUUCUAUCACCCAUCCCCAUUCUCCCUCCUUCCAUCACCCCGCCCCAUUCUCCCGCUUUCCAUCACCCCGCCCCAUUCUACCACUUUCCAUCACCUCGCCCCUUUCUCCGGCUUUCCAUCACCCUGCCCCAUUCUCCCGCUUUCCAUCAACCUGCCCCAUUCUCCCGCUUUCCAUCACCCCGCCCCAUUCUCCUGCUCUCCAUCACCCCGCACCAUUCUCCUGCUUUCCAUCACCCCUCCCCAUUCUCCUGCUUUCCAUCACCCUGCCCCAUUCUCCCUCCUUCCAUGACCCCGCCCUAUUCUCCCUCCAUCCAUCAACCCGCCCUAUUCUCCCAAUUUCCAUCACCCCACCCCAUUCUCCCGCUUUCCAUCACCCCGCCUUAUUCUCCCGCUUUCCAUCACCUCGCCCCAUUCUCCCGCUUUCCAUCACCCCGCCCCAUUCUCCGCUUUCCAUCACACGCCCAUUCUCCCGCUUUCCAUCACCCCGCACCAUUCUCCCGCUUUUCAUUACCCCGCCCCAUUUUCCCGCUUCCCAUCAUCUCGCCCCAUUCUCCCGCUUUCCAUCACCCUGCCCCAUUCUCCCUCCUUCCAUCACCCCACCCCAUUCUCCCGCUUUCCAUCACCUUGCCCCAUUCUCCCGCUUUCCAUCACCCCGCCCCAUUCUCCCGCUUUCCAUCACCCCGCCCCAUUCUCCUGCUUUCCAUCACCCGCCCCAUUCUCCCGCUUUCCAUCACCCCACCCCAGUCUCCCGCUUUCCAUCACCCCGCUCUAUUCUCCCGCUUUCCAUCACCCCGCCCCAUUCUCCCGCUUUCCAUCACCCCACCCCAUUCUCCCGCUUUCAAUCACCCCGCCCCAUUCUCUCGCUUUCCUUCACCCCUCCCCAUUCUCUCGCUUUCCAUCACCCCGCCCCAUUCUCCCACUUUCUAUCACCCCACCCCAUUCUCCCGCAUUCCAUCACUCCGCCCCAUUCUCUCUCCUUCCAUCACCCCGCCCCAUUCUCCCGCUUUCCAUCACCCCGACCUAUUCUCCCACUUUCCAUCACCCCGCCCAAUUCUCUCGAUUUCCCCCCAUUCCCCCGCUUUUCAUCACCCCGCCCUAUUCUCCCUCUUUCCAUCACCCCGCCCCAUUCUCCCUCCUUCCAUCACCCCGCCCCAUUCUACCGCUUUCCAUCACCCCGCCACAUUCUUCCACUUUCCAUCACCCCGCCCCAUUCUCCCUCCUUCCAUCACCUCGCCCCAUUCUCCCGCAUUCCAUCACCCCCCCCCAUUCUCCCGCAUUCCAUCACCCCGCCCCAUUCUCCCGCUUUCCAUCACCCUGCCCCAUUCUCCCGCUUUCCAUCACCCCACCCCAUUCUUCCGCAUUCCAUCACCCCGCCCCAUUCUCCCGCUUUCCAUCACCUCGCCUCAUUCUCCCGCUUUCCAUCACCCCGCCCGAUUCUCCCGGUUUCCAUCACCCCGCCCCCUUCUCCCUCCUUCCAUCACCCCGCCCCAUUCUCCCUCCUUCCAUCACCCUGCCCCUUUCUCCCGCUUUCCAUCAGCCCGCCCCAUUCUCCCGCUUUCCAUCACCCCGCCCCAUUUUCCCGCGUUCCAUCUCCCCGCCCCGUUCUCCCGCUUUCCAUAACCCCGCCCCAUUCUCCCGCUUUCCAUCAACCCGCCCCAUUCUCCUGCUUCCCAUCAUCCCGCCCCAUUCCGCUCCUUUCCGUCACCCCUCCCCAUUCUCCCUCCUUCCAUCACCCAGCCCCAUUCUCCCGCUUUCCAUCACCCCGCCCCAUUCUCCCGCUUUCCAUCACCUCGCCCCAUUCUCACGCUUUCCAUCACCCCGCCCCAUUCACCCGCUUUCCAUCACCCCGCCCCAUUCUCCCGCUCUCCAUCACCCCGCCCCAUUCUCCCGCUUUCUAUCACCUCGCCCCAUUCUCACGCUCUCCAUCACCCUGCCCCAUUCACCCUCUUUCCAUCACCCCGCCCCAUUCUCCCGCUUUCCAUCACCCCCCGCUAUUUUCCCUCUUUCCAUCACCCCGCCCCAUUCUCCCGCUUUCUAUCACCCCCCCCCAUUCUCCCGCUUUCCAUCACUCCACCCCAUUCUCCCGCUUUCCAUCACCCCGCCCCAUUCUCCCGCUUUCCAUCACCCCGCCCCAUUCUCCCUCCUUCCAUCACCCUGCCCCAUUCUCCCGCUUUCCAUCACCCCGCGCCAUUUUCCCUCUUUCCAUCACCCCGCCCCAUUCUCCCGCUUUCCAUCACCCCGCCCCAUUCUCUCGCUUUCCAUCACCCCGCCCCAUUCUCCCUCCUUCCAUCACCCCGCCCCAUUCUCCCACUUUUAUCAGCCCGUCCCAUUAUCCUGCUUUCCAUCACCCCGCCCAUUUCUCCCGCUUUGCAUCUCCCCGCCCCAUUCUCCCGCUUUCCAUCACCCCGCCCCAUUCUCCCGCUUUCCAUCACACCGCCCCAUUCUCCCACUUUCCAUCACCCCGCCCCAUUCUCCCUCCUUCCAUCACCCCGCCUCAUUCUACCUCCUUCCAUCACCCCGCCCCAUGCUCCCGCUUUCCAUCAUCCCGCCCCAUUCUCCCGCUUUUCAUCACCCCGCCCCAUUCUCCCGCUUUCCAUCACCCCGCCCCAUUCUCCCGCUUUCCAUCACCCCGCCCCAUUCUCCCUCCUUCCAUCACCCCGCCCCAUUCUCCCGCUUUCCAUCACCCCGCCCCAUGCUCCCGCUUUCCAUCACCCCGCCCCAUUCUCCCAUCACCCCGCCCCAUUCUCUCGCUUUCCAUCAACACGCCCCAUUCUCCCGCUUUCCAUCACCCCGCCCCAUUCUCCCCCUUUCCAUCACUCCGCCCCAUUCUCCCGCUUUCCAUCACCCCCCGCUAUUUUCCCGCUUUCCAUCACCCCGCCCCAUUCUCCCUCUUUCCAUCACCCUGCCCCAUUCUCCCCCUAUCCAUCACCCCACCCGAUUCUCUCGCUUUCCAUCACCCCGUCCCAUUCUCCCGCUUUCCAUCACCCCGCCCCAUUCUUUUGCGUUCCAUCACCCCACCCCAUCCUCCCCUCUUUCCAUCACCCCGCCCCAUUCUCCCGCUUUCCAUCACCCCGCCCCAUUCUCCCUCUCUCCAUCACCAUGCCCCAUUCUCCCUCUUUCCAUCACCCCGCCCCAUUCUCCCGCUUUCUAUCACCCCGCCCCAUUCUCCCUCUUUCCAUAACCCCGCCCCAUUCUCCCGCUUUCCAUCACCCCGCCCCAUUCUCCCUCUUUCCAUCACCCCGCCCCGUUCUCCCGCUUUCCAUCACCCCGCCCCAUUCUCCCGCUUUCCAUCAACCUGCCCCAUUCUCCUGCUUUCCAUCACCCCGCCCCAUUCUCCCUCUUUCCAUCACCCCGCCCCAUUCUCCCGCUUUCCAUCACCCCGCCCCAUUCUCCAUCUUUACAUCACCCUGCCCCACUCUCCCGCCUUCCAUCACCCCGCCCCAUUCUCCAUCUUUCCAUCACCCUGCCCAAUUCUCCCGCCUUCCAUCACCCCACCCCAUUCUCCCGUCUUCCAUCACCCCGCCCCAUUCUCCAUCUUUCCAUCACCCCGUCCCAUUCUCCCGCUUUCCAUCACCCCGCCCCAUUCUCCCUCUUUCCAUCACCCCGCUCCAUUCUCCCGCUUUCUGUCACCCCGCACCAUUCUCCCGCUUUCCAUCACCCCGCACCAUUCUCCUGGUUUCCAUCACCCCGCUCCAUUCUCCCGCUUUCCAUCACCUCGCCCAAUUCUCCCUCUUUCCAUCACCCCACCCCAUUCUCCCUCUUUCCAUCACCCCGCCCCAUUCUCCAUCUUUCCAUCACCCCGCCCUAUUAUCCCUCUUUCCAUCACCCCGCCCCAUUCUCCCGCUUUCCAUCACAACGCCCCAUUCUCCCUCUUUCCAUCACCCCGCCCCAUUCUCCUGCUUUCGAUCACCCCGCCCCAUUCUCCCCCUUUCCAUCACCCCGCCCCAUUCUCCCGCUUUCCAUCACCCCGCCCCAUUCUCCCUCUUUCCAUCACCCUGCCCCAUUCUCCUGCUUUCCAUCACCCCUCCCCAUUCUCCCGUUGUCCAUCACCCCGCCUCAUUCUCCCGCUUUCCAUCACCGCGCCCCAUUCUCCCUCUUUCCAUCACCCCGCCCCAUUCUCCCGCUUUCGAUCACCCCGCCCCAUUCUCCCGCUUUCCAUCACCCCGCCCCAUUCUCCCGCUUUCCAUAACCCCGCCCCAUUCUCCCUCUUUCAUCACCACGCCCCAUUCUCCCAAUUUCCAUCACCCCGCCCCAUUCUCCUGCUUUCCAUCACACCGCCCCAUUCUCCAACUUUUCAUCACCCCGCCCCAUUCUCCCGCUUUCCAUCACCCUGCCCCAUUCUCCCUCUUUCCAUCACCCCGCCCCAUUCUCCCGCUUUACAUCACCUCCCCAUUCCCCCGCUUUCCAUCACCCCGCCCCAUUCUCCCGCUUUCCAUCACCUGCCCCAUUCUCCCUCUUUCCAUCACCCAGCCCCAUUCUCUUGCUUUCCAUCACCUCCCCAUUCUCCCGCUUUCCAUCACCCCGCCCCAUUCUCCCGCUUUCCAUCACCGCGCCCCAUUCUCCUGCAUUCCAUCAACUCGUCUGGCUGGUGGGGGUGCUGGGAGCAACUCACCUGGCUGGUGGGGGUGCUGGGAGCAACUCACCUGGCUGGUGGGGGUGCUGGGAGCAACUCAACUUGCUGGUGGGGGUGCUAG